GGACCAGUCUAAUUCUGGGAAUCAUUCCUUUAUCUACUGAAAAAGAAAGCACGCCGUGUCGAGCUCACUUACACACAAACCUGUACUUCGGUUCACAUUAUGAAGCCGGUGAUUUUGACUUUUGUGCUGUUUUGGUCAAUACCUCUGACCACUGAAGAAGACGUGACAGUGUACUGCAUCGUGACCAGCAACUGUGUCCUGCCCUGUACGUCCACUUAUCAUGACAUCAUCCACUGGUAUAAAGAAGGCAAAGCGGAUUCCGUACAUACCUUCUACAAUAAAGCAGAUGAUCUGCAGUACCAGGACGUGGACUUUAAAGGACGGACAUCUCUGUUCAAAGAUCAGAUCCCUCAGGGAAACGCCUCACUGCUGCUGAGCUCGUUCCGGACUGAAGACCAGGGCAAAUACAAGUGUUACACUGCAACAAACUCUGAAAACAGGGAACAAUUUGUCCUCCUAAAAAUCAAAGUUCCAGUUAAAUGGGUGGAUUUAAAAAUGACGAGUGAGGGAAUUACCUGCAGCACGAAAGACGUUUACCCAGAACCCAAUAUCUCCUGGUUCAGAGACGGCAGGUCAGAAGACAAGUUUACUGUGAACAGGACAGGAGAUAAGGAGGGUCUGUUCUCAGUGAGCAGCGUUCUCACUCAGUCUGUCGCAGAAAACACCACAUACAGCUGCUCCAUCAGCCUCAGGGACGAGAGUCAGCAUUACACUGCAAGCCUGAGAAAAGAGAAUGUUGAGAUUUAUCCAGGACACAACGUUACUAUUCACUGUCCCGUCUCUCAGGACAACACUGGAAACAGCAACAUCACCCUGACGUAUGGCGAGUCUUCUACCACUCUGACCUACACCCAAACGUCCCAGCUACCUACCACCACAGUGCAGUGGAGGGGGAAAACGUUACAUCUCGCACGUGACGGGACCGUCACAAUCCACAACCCGGAGAACGUUGAGUAUACAGGAACCUACACAUGUGAGAGAUUAACAGCACAGUCCAGACAUGUGGUGCACACCGAAGUGAAAAUUUGCUCAGCUAACACUAUUAGAAUUGCUCUCGGUGUCACCGUGGCCAUCGUUGUCGUUACCAUAGCUGCUGUAUGUUUGAUAAUGUGGAAAAGAGCAAACAACAUGAGAAAUAGAGGGGAAUCAGAUGUGAAUCCACACAACGGCGAGGGCAACGGUGUAAUCUAACAGCAUCUGGACAAGGACAAACUGAAGCAGCUAUGACGGAGAGGACGCUCGAGAAAGAGAGAGAAGCUGAAGUUCCGAUUAAAAGUGCAGAUCGUGAGAACAGACUUUUUUUUAGGAAUAUAUAUUUCUGUAAAAGCACACAGAAGAGGUAAAGAACACCUCGAGGGUUGUUUCCUUCCACAUCUUUCUUCUUGAUAUCACUUGAAAAGGUACAUGAUCUUUCUAAUUCCCUGUAUACUCUGUUGGCUAAGGUCACCUCCACUCACAUAGAUAUAAGUAUAGUAAUUUAAGUUAGGUUUUAACAUGAUCCAUUUUGCUGAAAGUUUGAGUUAUUAAGUCAAAAUAAUAACAAAACAGGAAAAACAUGUAUCUGUGCGCAUUAGCCAUCGACAAAGGCACAGAAAAAAGGCAAAGACAAAUCCUCAUGCACACUUCCUGUUUGGCGGGAUUCCUGUCAAAUUCAUUGACCUAUUACGGGUAAACUGUUUGAUCAUUUUGUGAGGCUUACUCUGAAGAGCCAAAUUUGGUGAUGAUUGGACAAAAUUUGUAGAAGGAGUAGCGAAAAAAACCCAACAGUUUUUGACAAAAUCCAAGAUGGUGGAAAAUUUAAUUAGGCAAGAAUUGACAUCGUAGGAUGGGAUGAACUCGUCUCCACCCAGGGAAUCCGGGAUGUCUUUUAAAGUUUGGAAACAAACUCUGAACAAAAGUUACAACCAUGAAAGUACUUCCAAAGUAAGGUAAGCCCAACUUUUGACUCGAUGUUGGUGCUAGAGCACUGGCAGCACGGCCCAAAUUUGAUCAGAACAAAUGGUCCUUAGACGCACAGCCCAUUGUUGAUGGCGGUUUUCUGUACGUCUCUCAGAGUUUCCUUGUUGUGAAAGGGGACGAAGCUUCCUUAAAGUUAAAAAUAUGAAGGAUUGAAGAUUAAUUUAACUGCAUAUGAAGAAAUUACUGCAAAUAGAGGGUUAAUCAUCUGUUUUUUAUGUGUAUGAAGAGUUUUUAUUUUUUCCUGGUAUUUAUUUUGUCUUUAUACAUGUUUGUGAUGUAGAGAAUUAAGAAUAAAUUCAUGUCUAUAAAACUCA